AUGUUAGACUGAUUUGAGUACCAGGGCCAUGUCUGCAUCGUUUUUGAGCUGCUAGGGCUCAGCACUUACAACUUUCUCAAAGAGAAUUGCUCUCUGCCCUUCAGGCUGGAACACAUCAGGCGCAUGGCCUAUCAGAUCUGCAAAGCUGUCAGCUUUUUGCAUGUGAACAAGUUGACGCACACAGAUCUGAAGCCAGAAAACAUCUUACUAGCCUCCUCCGACUAUACAGAAGAGUACAACUCCAGCCUGAAAUGUGCGGUGUGCAGACUGAAAAGCUCAGACAUCGAAGUGGUGGACUUCAGGAGCACAGUGCUUGUCCAUGAGCCUCGCUGCUCUCUGGUCACUACAAGACCUUACAGAGCUCCUGAAGUCAUUCUAGCCCUGGGAUGGUCACAGCCAUGUGACGUUUGGAGCAUCGGAUGCAUUCUUCUUGAGUAUUACCUUGGAUUCCAAGUAUUUGAGGGCCUGUGCUUCACAGUCUUCCUGCUCAUCUACCUGGUGGUCCUCACAGGGAACAGCCUGAUUGCACUCAUCACAGUGCUGGACUCAAGCCUCCACAGCCCCAUGGAUUUCUUCCUGAGGAACUUGUCCUUCCUGGAGAUCUGCUACACAUCAGUCACUGCCAAAAAUGCUGCCAUCUGUGACCCUCUUCACUACAGCCUCAUCAUGAGCAGGGGGAUCUGUGUCACACUGCUGGUGAGAUCAGGGAUCGGUGUUGUACCAGUGCAAGUAGUUCAGGCCAACUAG